CCCAGUCAAAGCUAGCUCUCCUUAUUGGACUGGACUAGACUGAACAUUUACUAUUUUGUCACUUGGGGGUUCUUUUCUCUUUGUCUGUGGGCACAAACUACUCAUUCUGAGGAAGACAGAACAACUGGAUCUACUGAGAAAUCUGUAGCUAACUCAGGUCUCACUUUAUAAUGGCAGUAGACUCAUCUUUUCACCAUUGUCAAGAAAGACCAUAUGGUUAAUUGGUGGAGUGCAGGCAGGUUUUAAUGCAUCUAGACACUAGCAGGCUACCACCAGAAGGAAUAAUACUUGACUAGAAGCCCCCGUAGUAAUUAAACUAUGUCUUCAUCCUGUGACAUAAAGAAAUAAGAUAGCUGUUCAUUCUUGGUGAAUGUAGAAAACAAAAGGGAACGCUGUGAAGCACGUGUUUUCCCAAAGUUCAUCCACCCUCACCCAUAGUAGCAGGAAGACUUGGAAGAAGAUUGUUAAAGUAUUCAAAGCCAUGGAAAGGCUUGUGAAGCAAUUAAACUAUACCGGAUAAAUUUCUGCUUUGGGACAGCCACGCAUCUAAUUCCUUAAAACAGUUUUAUAUGUAAAACUUGUAAAGGAUCAGAACAAUGCCUCCAAGACCAUCAUCAGGUGAACUGUGGGGCAUCCACUUGAUGCCCCCAAGAAUCCUAGUAGAAUGUUUACUACCAAAUGGAAUGAUAGUGACGUUAGAAUGCCUCCGUGAGGCUACAUUAAUAACUAUAAAGCAUGAAUUAUUUAAAGAAGCAAGAAAAUAUCCUCUCCAUCAACUUCUUCAAGAUGAAUCUUCUUACAUUUUCGUAAGUGUUACCCAAGAAGCAGAAAGGGAAGAAUUUUUUGAUGAAACAAGACGACUUUGUGACCUUCGGCUUUUUCAACCCUUUUUAAAAGUAAUUGAGCCAGUAGGCAACCGUGAAGAAAAGAUCCUCAAUCGAGAAAUUGGUUUUGCUAUUGGCAUGCCAGUGUGUGAAUUUGAUAUGGUUAAAGAUCCAGAAGUACAGGACUUCCGAAGAAAUAUUCUGAAUGUUUGUAAAGAAGCUGUGGAUCUUCGGGAUCUUAAUUCACCUCAUAGUAGAGCAAUGUAUGUCUAUCCUCCAAAUGUAGAAUCUUCACCAGAACUGCCAAAGCACAUAUAUAAUAAACUAGAUAAAGGGCAAAUAAUAGUGGUGAUUUGGGUAAUAGUUUCUCCAAAUAAUGACAAGCAGAAGUAUACUCUGAAAAUCAACCAUGACUGUGUGCCAGAACAAGUAAUUGCUGAAGCAAUCAGGAAAAAAACUCGAAGUAUGUUGCUAUCAUCUGAACAACUAAAACUCUGUGUUUUAGAAUACCAGGGCAAGUAUAUUUUAAAAGUGUGUGGAUGUGAUGAAUACUUCCUUGAAAAAUAUCCUCUAAGUCAGUAUAAGUACAUAAGAAGCUGUAUAAUGCUUGGGAGGAUGCCCAAUUUGAUGCUGAUGGCUAAAGAAAGCCUUUACUCCCAACUGCCAAUGGACUGUUUCACAAUGCCAUCUUAUUCCAGACGCAUCUCCACAGCUACACCAUAUAUGAAUGGAGAAACAUCUACAAAGUCCCUUUGGGUUAUAAAUAGUGCACUCAGAAUAAAAAUCCUUUGUGCAACCUAUGUGAAUGUAAAUAUUCGAGACAUCGACAAGAUCUAUGUUCGAACAGGUAUCUAUCAUGGAGGAGAACCCUUAUGUGAUAAUGUGAACACUCAAAGAGUACCUUGUUCUAAUCCCAGGUGGAAUGAAUGGCUAAAUUACGAUAUAUACAUUCCUGAUCUUCCUCGUGCUGCUCGACUUUGCCUUUCCAUUUGUUCUGUUAAAGGCCGAAAGGGUGCUAAAGAGGAACACUGUCCAUUGGCCUGGGGAAAUAUAAACUUGUUUGAUUACACAGAUACUCUAGUAUCUGGAAAAAUGGCUUUGAAUCUUUGGCCAGUACCUCAUGGAUUAGAAGAUUUGCUGAACCCUAUUGGUGUUACUGGGUCAAAUCCAAAUAAAGAAACCCCAUGCUUAGAGUUGGAGUUUGACUGGUUCAGCAGUGUGGUAAAGUUCCCAGAUAUGUCAGUGAUUGAAGAGCAUGCCAACUGGUCUGUGUCUCGAGAAGCAGGAUUUAGUUAUUCCCAUGCAGGACUGAGUAACAGACUAGCUAGAGACAACGAAUUAAGAGAAAAUGAUAAAGAACAGCUCCGAGCAAUUUGUACCCGAGAUCCUCUAUCUGAAAUCACUGAGCAAGAGAAAGAUUUUCUGUGGAGCCACAGACACUAUUGUGUAACUAUCCCUGAAAUUCUACCCAAACUUCUUCUGUCUGUUAAAUGGAAUUCUAGAGAUGAAGUAGCUCAGAUGUACUGCUUAGUAAAAGAUUGGCCUCCAAUCAAACCUGAACAGGCAAUGGAGCUUCUGGAUUGUAAUUACCCAGAUCCUAUGGUUCGAGGUUUUGCUGUUCGAUGCUUGGAAAAAUACUUAACAGAUGACAAGCUUUCUCAGUACUUAAUUCAGCUAGUACAGGUCCUAAAAUAUGAACAGUAUUUGGAUAACCUGCUUGUGAGAUUUUUACUCAAGAAAGCAUUGACUAAUCAAAGGAUUGGGCACUUUUUCUUUUGGCAUUUAAAAUCUGAGAUGCACAAUAAAACAGUUAGUCAGAGGUUUGGCCUGCUUUUGGAGUCGUAUUGUCGUGCAUGUGGGAUGUAUUUGAAGCACCUAAAUAGGCAAGUUGAAGCUAUGGAAAAGCUCAUUAACUUAACUGACAUUCUCAAACAAGAAAAGAAGGAUGAAACACAAAAGGUACAGAUGAAGUUUUUAGUUGAGCAAAUGCGGAGACCAGAUUUCAUGGAUGCUCUACAGGGUUUUCUGUCUCCUCUAAAUCCUGCUCAUCAACUAGGAAAUCUCAGGCUUGAAGAGUGUCGAAUUAUGUCCUCUGCAAAAAGGCCACUGUGGUUGAAUUGGGAGAACCCAGACAUCAUGUCAGAGUUACUCUUUCAGAACAAUGAGAUCAUCUUUAAAAAUGGGGAUGAUUUACGGCAAGAUAUGUUAACACUGCAGAUCAUUCGCAUUAUGGAAAAUAUCUGGCAAAAUCAAGGCCUUGAUCUUCGAAUGUUACCUUAUGGUUGUCUGUCAAUCGGUGACUGUGUGGGACUUAUUGAGGUGGUGAGAAAUUCUCACACUAUUAUGCAGAUUCAAUGCAAAGGUGGCCUGAAAGGCGCACUGCAGUUCAACAGCCACACUCUACACCAGUGGCUCAAAGACAAGAACAAAGGCGAAAUAUACGAUGCAGCCAUUGACCUGUUCACACGUUCAUGUGCUGGAUAUUGUGUUGCUACCUUCAUACUGGGAAUCGGAGAUCGUCACAAUAGUAACAUCAUGGUUAAAGAUGAUGGACAACUAUUUCAUAUAGAUUUUGGACACUUUUUGGAUCAUAAGAAGAAAAAAUUUGGUUAUAAACGGGAACGUGUGCCGUUUGUUUUGACACAAGAUUUCUUAAUAGUGAUUAGUAAAGGAGCCCAAGAAUGCACAAAGACAAGAGAAUUCGAAAGGUUUCAGGAGAUGUGUUACAAGGCUUAUCUAGCUAUUCGGCAGCAUGCCAAUCUCUUCAUAAAUCUCUUCUCAAUGAUGCUUGGCUCUGGAAUGCCAGAACUGCAAUCUUUUGAUGAUAUUGCAUACAUUCGAAAGACCCUAGCUUUAGAUAAAACUGAACAAGAGGCUUUGGAAUAUUUCAUGAAACAAAUGAAUGAUGCACAUCAUGGUGGCUGGACAACAAAAAUGGAUUGGAUCUUCCACACAAUUAAGCAGCAUGCUUUGAACUGAAAUGAUAACUGAGAAACCAAAAGCUCAUUAUCUGGAUUCUAUACUGCACUGUUAAUAACUGUCAACAGGCAAAGACUGAUUGCAUAGGAAUUGCACAAUCCAUGAACAGCAUUAGAAAUUUACACAAGAACAGAAAUAAAAUACUAUAUAAUUUAAAUAAUGUAAACGCAAACAGGGUUUGAGAGCACUAAACUAGUUCAUUUCAAAAUUAAGCUUUAGAAUAAUGCGCAAUUUCAUGUUAUGCCUUAAGUCCAAAAAGGUAAACUUUGAAGAUUGUUUGUAUCUUUUUUUAAAAAAGAAAACAAAACAAAAAAACCCCAAAAUAUAUAGAAAUGGUGGAGAAGGAAAAAGAAUGAUGUUCUUUUUUUGUCUUGCAAAUGUUCUAUGUUUUGAAAUUGUGGACACAACAAAGUCUAUUAUUGCAUUAGGUCCAAGGAAACUGAAGUUUGAUGUUAAAUUGCAUUAAGAUUAGAAAAUAAUGAAGAUUUCUUAUUUUUCCAUUGCUGUUCAAUUUAUAGUUUGAAGUGGGUUUUUUUGACUCCUUGUUUAAUGAAGAAAACUGCUUGGGGUGGAAGGGACUCUUGAGAUUUCACCAGAGACUUUUCCUUUUUAAUAAAUCAAACCUUUUGACGAUA